AUGCCAGAAAACGCGCCACUCCUCCCUUCUGGGCUCUCUGAGCGCCGCCGCGCAAGGGGAUACAUCACGCUCCUUGUGCCUGUCGUCCUCGUCCUGGCCACACUCGGUGUGCUUAUCUUCGGCAAGCGCGAGCCGACCGACCCUCUCGGGUUGGCGCAAUCGUGGCUCGACCACACGCCUGUCGUUGAUGGGCAUAUCGACCUUCCCAUCUACGUGCGCGAGAUGUAUGGGAAUGACGUGACCAAGUUCGAUUUGGGCAAGAAGAUGUCUGGGCACGUCGACAUUCCCCGCAUGCGCGCGGGCCGCCUCGGCGGUUUCUUCUGGAGCGUCUACACCGACUGCCAUGAAGAGAUUGACGGGCCCGACUUCCUCAAUCCCUCCCACCACGUGCGGGAUACGCUCGAGCAGAUCGACCUGGCGCGUAACCUGAUGGACCGCUACUCGGGCACGUUCGAGUUUGUCACCACUGCCCAGGGCGCCCGGGACGCAAUGGCGCGCGGACGUAUCGCGUCCUUCAUGGGCAUCGAGGGCGCCCACCAGCUGGGCAACUCCCUCGGCGUCCUCCGGCAAUACUACCGUCUUGGGGUGCGUUACGCGACCCUGACGCAUAGCUGCAACAACGCGUUCGCGGACUCGGGAGGGUACGACAAGCCUCCUAAUGCAACGUGGGGCGGUCUCUCGCCUUUUGGCUUCGAACUGGUCAAGGAGAUGAACCGCUUGGGCAUGCUCAUUGACCUCUCGCACGUCUCAGAUAACACGGCGCGGCAGGCAAUCAAGGCAUCUAAGGCACCGAUCAUGUUGAGCCACAGCGCCGCGAGGCACUUUAACAACUUCUCGCGCAAUGUUCCGGACGACGUACUCGAGAUGAUCGGGCGGGGGAAGGGCCAGACAGACGGCGUUGUAAUGGUCAACUUCUUCCCAUCGUUCGCGAGCCCGGACCCAGACUCGGUCGGUGUCGCUGCCAUCGCCGACCAGAUCGACUACAUCGUCUCCAAGACUGGCCACCACCAUGUGGGCAUCGGUAGCGACUUUGACGGCAUCGACCGCGUCCCCAAGGGAUUAGAGGACAUGUCCAAGUACCCGUAUCUGAUCGCCGAGCUCAUCCGCCGCGGCUGGACGCGGUACCAGGUCGCCCAGCUGGCCGGUGGCAACAUUCUGCGCGUCCUCGAGGGCGCUGAGGGCGUGGCGGCGCGGUUGAAGCGCGUCAAGGGCCCCAGUAUGGCCAAAUACGACAAGAGACGCGACCUCGAUGGUGGGUGGGGUGGGUUUGAGCUGUGA